GACAAACUGAGAGAAACGAAUACAAAUGAGCUAAGAGUGAAUAAGCUGGCCAUCAUGUCAUUAAUAAACAAACCAGCUUGUUUGACCAUAAACAAUGAUUAUGUGACAGAGAUUUCUGAUACUCCAAACGUGAGGAAAGAAAACUCAGAAUACGAAAUAGACCAGAUAAGAACAGAUCAGAAUAAGAAUAGCGUCAAAGACUUGAAUCUUUUGGAGUCAUUGCGCAAAUCAAUAAGUCUCGGUAAAGUAAUACAAGACAAACCGAGACCAACGAAUACGAACGAGUGGUUGAAUCCUGCCACGACGUCAAUAACAAAUGAAUGUACUUGCUCUGCAGUGUAUAAUAUGCUGGUAUCAAAUACGAGGAAGGAAAACUUAAAAAACGAAUUAGACCAGAAAAGAAAACUAUGGAAUAGUGAUCGUCGUGUAAUGAUACAAGACAAGCCGGGACAAACGAAUAAAGACGAGCCCAGAUCGAAACCAGCUACGAAGUCAAUAAAACAGGCUACAGCUUGUUCAACCAUAAAUAAUAUUCCUGAGCCUGUGGUGGAUUCAAUCACGAACGUGGAGAAAUCAGCAAUGGAACGAAUAAGAAAACUUCGUCAUAGAUUAGAUUUUCCAAACGAGCCAAGAGAGAAUCUCGAGCAAAUGGCAAUCAAAAACGCAUCACCUUGUUCAAUCAAAAAGUAUGUAUCUGUUCCAGAUGUUUCUAAACCAAACUGGAGGAUGGAAUACUUAGAACGCGAUACACUUCGGAUUGUAAAAAAUGAUGUUAUGUGUGUAAACAACGUAAAUCAAUUUCUUAAAACCUUAUUUCGAUAA